AUGUACGCCGCUCAGAAUAUAACGCCAACAGUUUUGGAUGCCAUGAAUGGAAAUGUUUCCGAAUGGUAUAACGAAUGCGACAAUGCCAUUAGAAGGUCAGAAAUAGUUCCUGGAACUUACGAAUAUACAACUGCUGUUUCUUAUGGAAAUGUAGGUGAGUUUGGUGAAGGUUCUUCAACAACAGUAGAUAUUGCUUGCGACAGGUUUCAUAUAAUUUCUAUUGACAACUCAUUCUUAUACGUGGAACAAGACAUUGAAAUAAAACCUUCUACCAAGUUGUCUGACAAGAAAGGUUGCAAUGGAAUUUUCUAUGUCGGAUACCAAUAUGCUCCAGAAGUUUUCAUGGGAUAUAAGAUAUAUUCUAACUCUGACCUAGUCCAAACAGUAACAUGGGCAAACUAUGAAUGGUUCGCUUUGAGAAACUCAGUACAACCACAAGCUAGAGAACAAACAGACCAGUACGCAACCAUUGAGAAAAUAAGAAGACUUGACCCUAACGUUCCAGGAGUUUAUGUUAACUUUCUGGUUCAGAUGGAAAUGCU